AUGGCUAGUAGAGGAAAGGAGAUAAUAGCUUCGGAUGCAUUCCAUUACGAUGAGGAAGUAGUGCUAUGUGAUUGCGGACUAAGAGCGGCUAGAAGAAUUUCACGUACCUCGGCCAACCCGAAUCGCAAGUUUUUUGGCUGCCCACUGUUCAACCGCUCAGAGAAUAACAAGGCGUGUGAUUAUUUUGAGUGUUAUGACAUUAGAGUUGCAGUAUUCAAAGCCACGACUUCGCUAUCUGGAAAGCUUUCAAGGUUAGAAGCUGAAAAUGGACAGCUUCGCAGUUUGUUGGGGAGAUUAAUGAAAGAUGGAGCUAGAAAACAGGAACAGACUGACUUGUUUAUUGAGCUGGAACUGAUCAAACAGAAGUUAGAACGUCUAGAGUUAGAGGGUACAAGUAGGAAGUGA